CUGGCACAGUGGUGGGAGGGGAGCACAGCACACAAGUCCUGGAGGAGGUUUGAGCCAAGAGCACUGUGCUGCCCGACUUUUCAUCGACAUUCGUCCGUCUGUCCGAGCCGCAAAGCUGAGCCAAACGUUCGCGGUGCGUAAUUACGCACGGAUACGACAGUUCCGCGGUGUUCUUGGCUGUGGAAACCCCGCGGACAAAGAAGGGCAGGCGGGCUGGAGUGCAACUGACUUGAGCGGAGCGGAGUACUGUUGGAGGGGAAACUGGAGGAAUCUGGAGUCGGAAGUGAUUUGUCUUUUUUUUCCCGAGAAAUGUAACUUACGUCCAGGAUUUUAGGAAAGGAAAAAUCUUUUUGGCGAGAGGGGAAUUAGGAGUGGAUUUAACCCCCAAAAUAACAUCUAAAUCCUCGGAGCAUGGGAGGAGUUGUCUGCCAGCUGUAAAAUGUACCCGCUACACCGAGAGAGAGAGCAGCCCAUCUUCAGUGCCAGAGCUCAUGUCUUCCAGAUCGACCCGGCCACCAAACGCAACUGGCUGCCGGCCAGCAAACAUGCUGUCACUGUGUCCUUCUUUUAUGAUGCCACCCGGAACGUGUACCGCAUCAUCAGUGUGGGUGGAACUAAGGCCAUCAUCAACAGCACCGUCACCCCCAACAUGACUUUCACCAAAACCUCCCAAAAGUUUGGCCAGUGGGCAGACAGCCGGGCCAACACCGUCUACGGUCUGGGCUUCUCCACAGAGCAGCAGCUGCAGCAGUUUGCUGAGCAGUUUAAGGAGGUGAAGGAAGCAGCCCGUCUAGCCAGAGAGAAAUCCCAGGAGAGGUUUGAACUGGCCAACCCUGCACUCAACAUCGCAGCUCCACAGCUUUCACAGGAGCUGUCGGAGGACCGCCAUUCACCGCCGCUGCUGACAGUCAACGGGCCCGGGGAGGAAAAGCUGUUUCGCAGCAAGAGUGCUGAAGUGGAGCUGACAGCAGAGAAAGAAAGGGUCAAGAAGAUGUUGUCUGAAGGGUCUAUGUGUGAGAUCAACUUGGAAGCUGAACUCUUCACUCUUCAAGACAGCAAUGCCAAGCUGGUGGCAGCACUGCAGGAAGCUAACAGCAGCGUGGAACAGUGGAAGAAGCAGCUGGCUGAAUACCAGGAAGAGACCGAUCGCCUCCGAGACCAGGUGGCCGAGCUUGAGGCCCAGCUGGGGCGUCCUGCUGCUGGACAGCCUGGUAAAGAGGAGCUGAGCCGGUCACUGGAGGAGUUGGAAGCCCUGCUGCGAGCCAAAGACCAGGAAAUUCACAAUCUACAGAGCAAGAAAACAGAUGUUGGCGAGCUAGAAAGGGAGAGGGAGGAGGCCAUGCAGAGACUCAAGGAUCUGGAGAGACGAAAUGUGGAGCUGGAGGAUCGCGUUCAAAGCGCAGAAAAAACCCUGGCCUCCAACCGGGAGGAGCAGGCGCACGCGGAGGUCGAGGUACGACGGAUCAUUGAUGUUCUGGACAUCAAAAUCGGUGACCUGAACAACCUGAAAGAGAGUCUGGCAAAACUGGUCAGCAAGUAGCCACAGCAGGAGCUGGGGUGCAUCUCCACAGUCUCAUUCCCACCAGUUUAACUGAUCUAACGGCAGAGACGGGAUCAGAGCAACAUGGAGGCAAACACACUAUAGUUGAACUUUCUUUGUUUUUCACCAUCAGUCCAGCAUUGGAAACCUCUUAAAGGUGCUAUGUGCAGAGCAAACCACCAUUGCCAUUCACACCAUUCAUAUAAAAGCCCUUCUGUUGCUGGUGCCAUAAAAAUGAGCACUUUUCAGACUUUUUUAUCUCCUCAUUCAGACAUGAGUCAGAUUUACAUUAUGGCUUCCCUCAGACGUAUCCACAAAGUGAUGCAAUCUUUGCAAUACAUGGAGCAUUGGAGAGUUUUAGUGACUUAAACACACUCUGCCAAUGCUGAAACAUCACUGAGUAAAAAAGAGCUCUUGUACUGAGCCUCCUGCAUCGCCCUCCACAUUGCAUUCCUCAGAUUACCUUGCGUCUUGGCGAGCCCUGUCCUCUUUUUCCCUCUGCUAUGCUAAAGUGAUGUAUAAAUGUUACUCGGUCCACCCUAGUAGGAUUGCUGUCGCAACAUAGAAAAGUUACCGCAGUGUUCAUUUGGAUGUAAACCGAUGCAUUCAAAUGCCGUGCGGUAAAUGGAAAGAAGUGCAUGUCUGAAAGUGGCUUUUGUCAAAGUCUGACCUUGUGAUUUUCAGUAGUAAAGAGGAGAGGUGAAGGAUUUCAACCUAAUGGUAUAUAACACCCUGAGUUGAUUACCGUAGAAUUUUGCAAAGGCAGAUAUUGAAGGAAGAUUUUUACCUGACAGGGUUUGUACUGUUCUGUUUUCCUGCAAAGUAGGAAGUCUGAAACCCUCAAACCAUGAAAACUGCAGCGCUGUAAGAGCAAGGGUUUCAUCAACCUUGGGAGAGCUGUGAAAUCAAAUAUAAUCUGCUUUUAUAUUUUAUAGCUAAGUUAAACAUAAGCAACUUUUCAUAAAUCUCGAUGUUUGGGUCAUAGAAACAAAGUGGCUUUCCAUAAAUGCUUAUUUCAGUGCAGUUUUGGCAGAAGCGUUUUCUCUUUUUUCAGUUCUUAAAUUUACGUAUUUGUCAUGUCUGCUUUUAAAAAGUGACGAUUCUCUGCUGAUACUGUGGAGAUGCACCCGGUAAAAGUGUGAGCUGUGUAAGAGCCUCUGGAAGCAAAGGCCCUGAAUAAACUCUGCUCUAGUUCACCGUCAUCAGCCUAGACUGGUCUGACACCAGCCCGAACAUCUACAAACUCAGAGAUGCAACAACCUGCUCCCAUUCUGUCUCCUCCAUCGCCAGCGUACAACUGUUUUUGUUCAUGUUUUAUAAGGACUGCUCUUUCUCACCACUUACUCUAUUAUUUAUGUUCAUCGAUGAGUUACUCGCAGUUAGGAUGGAGAAAACGGCCACAAAUGUUGCAAAAUUCAAGCUGCAGGAACUGAGUUUGUUAUGGACAGUAAUAUCAGCAGCUCUGGUCUGUACACGUGCCGUUUUCCCACCCGGACACUGAGAUUGCACUUCAAAGCGUGUGUGCCAAGUUUUAUUUCGUUUACAUUUGUCCGUGUUCACAAAGUUAUAUAACAAUUCUGCUUAAUGUACUUUUUCCUUGUUGCUUAACACUAUCAGUUACCAUAAUAGUAAUAACCCUAGAGAGAGGCUCGGUGGAGCUGCAGAGUAGAUCACUACAAGAGCCCUGCAUGAGCUCUGCAGAAGCCCCAUACCUGCCAAGAAAUGUGAAGCUGUGUGUGUGUGUGUGUGUGUGUGUGUUUACCAAUACUAGUUCAAAACCAUUGAUGUGAGGACAUUUGGAACGACCCUAACAACUUUAAAGGGUACUUUGAAGGGACAGAUACCCCCAAAAUGUACAUGUUUUUGCUCUGGUGAGGGUGACGAUUAGAAGCAUCUGCUGCAGACAUCUAUGCGUUCUCUUGAACAUAAUGACCACAAACACAAACAAUGCAUUUGAAAUCAAAGAAAUAGCAGAACUUUUGACCCUGGUACUUUGGUGUGAGCUGGUUUGUGUAGGAGUUAGUUUCUUUCUGCCCAGCUGCACUCACCAACCAAACGAAGAUUGCAGCUAGUCAAGUUUACAACAGAGCUGAGGAGGCUGCUGUUAACGUUUACAUGCUGUCACGCUGUUGUGAGUAGAAACUUCUCAUUACAGGUAGAUCCAGUGAUACAGCUGAUAGGCUUGGUUAAGUAGACAGAAUAUAAAUCCUACAUCAAACUGCUCACAAGGCAAAACUGCCUUUUAGUUCCAUUAUAUUAACUAGCACAUGCCUGUGCUGUAGGAUUGUUUGCUGUGUUACAGGUGUGUAAAGGCUAAAAUCAGGUCAAUUUAAAAGCCUGUCACAGGUGAUUGCCAGGCAACCUAUACUAUAUCAUAAACAAUUGAAACUUUUUGGAUAUAAAUUAGAUGCUAUUGUUAUGAAAUAAUAAGAUUUGAUGCUUUUAUAAGGUGUUAAAUGCUAAAAAAAAAUUACGAGGUGGCUGUCAUGUGAUAUGGAUAAGAACCUUCCUAGGAUGUACCUGUGUGCCAACUUUAAUUGCUCAAGUACUGGUUUUGUAGGAGGAGCUGGAGGAAACAAAUGUUGCAUAUUAUAAUAAAAUCUGUGUAUUAUAGUAAGAUGAGAAGGUAGAUAUGUCUACAGCUGAGGUCAAAUAGAUUUAAAUGGAUAAAUAAAACUAGAUGUAUCUUAUUUUGAGGUGAAAUGUCCCUUAAGGCUUUGUUUUUGUGUUAAUAUUGGCAUAACGGUAAGGUUAGGGAGCACGAGUGUCCUCACAUAAAUGGUGAAACCUGUGAGGAUGUGUGCGUGUAACCUCGGACUGCUCCAGUUAAAAGCACAACUGCAGAAGUUUUAGUAAAUUGGUACUUAAUUGACUUGUCUGUCAGCGCUGUAUGAGAAUUUCUGAUGCACAAUAUCUAUCGAUCUUUGCUUAAUGCCCUGCAAUGAAUUAUUGAUUUCUUCGUAUGACAGUAAUAGUCUAGGUACAAAUAAGGUGCAGGUCUUUGCAGCUGGUGAUGCAGUGACUGCCAGAAUCGUAACAUGUCAAAUUGUGAAAUGUGUUAAUGUAAUAAACUACAAUAUAAUGUAAUAGCAUCCCCUUAUUACCCCCCUUACUUUCCUUGUUAGUGUUAUAGCAUGUUCAGCUGACAGUGUAUAUGAUAUACUGAUUUAGGAUUCUCUUAAGUUUUACUGCAGAUAAUCAAAAGAAUUGCUGCAGCAGUUCUAAUUCUGAAUGUACUAAAUAUGUUAAUAAUGCCACAUUUCUGCAUUAUAUUGCUAUUAUCACAUUAACACUUGGUAUAAAGAUUGAUAUUUCAUCACUUUGACAAGUUACAAAAGGUCUGGGGGUUUCUAACAUCAGCUGCUACAUGCAACAAUUAACAAAUUAGCAAUAAUAAAAUUCUAGCUUAAUUGCCUGUUAAUAGUUGAUACAAGCACUUUGUAGAUAAUGAGUCCUCUGCAAAGUCUUAUGUUUGCAUUUUUUGUCAUCGCUCCACCAGAUUAUGCGAAUUUGCUACCAGCCUUUAGUAAGCAUGAAGAAAACAGGCUAGCAGCUCCUCUGGAUAAACUCCACAUGAAUGACAUCAGAAACACUUCAAACGGCCUUAUUCCUGUGUUUGAGUGCUGCACAAUAACACUGCGUCAACGCAUUAGGAGUAGUUCUUGUGUGCUGCAAGAGUAAAUACUUUUUCAUUUUAGAAUAAGGAUAAUUAAGCAUUUCACAAUACGUGAUCAUGAUACAAAAUAUAAUCAGUGGUCUUAAAACUGACUAAUGUGCAGUAUUAUUGUGUAGCUACAUAACAUGAAAGGAGUAAUCCAACUCAUAUUUCAGGACCUGUUGAGUUAAAUUGCACUUCUGUCUCCUUGUAGAGAUUUGGUGUUUUAUUAUCAUCAUCUGUGGCUGCAAUGAUAAACCACGUUUUACUACUGCACUUUAUGGUUCUGUUCAAAUAUGCCUGUCCUGAAGAGUUAAUAAUACACUUUGAUACCCCUUAUUGUAAAGUCUCACAAUACAUUUUGUGAAAUGCAGAUCACCAGCUGUUUGAAGGAUAUAUUUUUGAACUUGAGUGUAGAUUCCUCCGAAAAUACGGUGGAAUAAGGACUUUUAAAAAAACAAACAUCUGUUGCCCGCUCUGAGAGAACGCAGUAUCAAAGAUGUCCAACAGAAGCCACAACUGGAAUCGACAAACAGCCAAUUUAUGAGUGACACUGAUCUUCAUCUCAUGUCAGCUUUUACCCAUCAUUCAUUGCCAUCUGACACAUUUAACCUUUCAGUAUGACUAAAUACCUCAGAAUAGUUUAGUUCAGGUUAGUCUCAUUGAAGUGUUGUGAAAUACAAAGAAGGUACAAAAACUGAAUCUGAGGAGAGCAGGUGCUUGUAUGGGAUUUGUAUAUAAAGGUUUUAAACAUUAAAACUGUCAUGCAAAGUCA